GUGGUGUUUCUGAAUUACUAAUCUCUGGGACUUCCAGUACAACGAUGAGUUUGGUUUAUUACACCUUAUAAUUGAUCCUAAACGGAGUAAAACAAAAUUGAAACUAAUCUUUUACCACAUCUGGUAUAAUUAUUUUUCACAGUGACGCCCCUAAAUUAAUUAAAGAACAAUCUUUCAAGAGUGAAGCCUAAAGAUUGCGUGCCCACUUAACAUAUUCUGGUGGAUUUCAUGCUAAUGAUAAGUAGUGUAUAUUUCUAUAGGAAAAACAAAAUUCCAAUACACAAAAAUGAAGAAUGUGUACAUACUAACGUUGUCUCAUUUGCUACUUGUUAAUUUAUUUCAAUUUCAACGAAGCAAAUCUGGAGACAUCUUGGGAAAUCAAACAUGUCGUAAUGGAACGUAUGUGGUGAGACAAGCAGAGGAAGUGGACAGCAUUCAACGUAUGGAACAAGCAGAUUGUAACUGGAAUUUUGAUUCACCGGACCCUGAUCUUAUUGGCUUUAUACCAAACGAACCAUCAAACAUGAUUACAUUUAAAGUUCGACUACUUAAGAAUAAUCGCCCUUCAACCAAUGUAACAUGUGCAAAUCACACUGCAGGGAACAUAGCUGUUCAAAAUGUCAAUGCGAAUAAAUCAGUGUGGGAUACUGACAUUGGCAAUGAUAUAAUUCGGAAAACUUUAACUUAUCAAUUCAACCAAACCGAUGGAACUGUUAUAAUAGGUUUCACUAAACAUUGGGAUGGAUUCCUUCUCAAAAUAUUUAUUAACUGUUUGGAUGAAAGUGGGAGAAAUAUUGCGGCCCACUCAACAACAAGAUGUGUGAUGGUAAAAUACGAAGGAAAUGUUAAAUAUCCAAUAAAUGGUUUAUCUCCAUUAAAAACAACAUCAUCAACAUUCUUCACGCAAGCAACAUCAAAAAAAAUAUUUGGCACAGAAAUAACAAUAACACCGGCACCUCCAUCUACAUCUACAUCUACAACUACAGCACCAUCGAUAACAGAACUAACAAAAGCAUUAGCACCUACAUUGACAGAUAUAUCAACAACAUUGAACAUGGCAACAACACAACCAUUGCCACUCAUAACAACAGCAGCAGUGCCACAAACAUAUACAGCAGCAUCGGCAACAGAAGCAACAAAACGAACACCAACUACACCAACGGAUAUAUCAGCAGCAACGAGCAUGGUAACAACAAGACCAUCGUCAACAAAAACAGCAGCAGCACCACCAAAAAAUACAGCAGCAUCGACAACAGAAGCAACAAAACCAACACCAAUUACACUAACGGAUAUAUCAGCAGCAACGAACAUGGCAACAACAAUACCAUCGCUCACAACAACAGCAGCAGCACCACCAAAAAAUACAGCAGCAUCGACAACAGAAGCAACAAAACCAACAGCAACUACACUAACUGAUAUAUCAGCAGCAACGAACAUGGCAACAACAACACCAUCGCUAACAACAACAACAGCAGCGCCACCAACAAAUACAGCAGCAUUGACAACAAAAGCAACAAAACCAACAGCAACUACACCGACAGGCAUAUCAACAGCAUCGACCAUGGCAACAACACCACCAUUGUCUCUAUCAGCAACAACAACAGCAGCGCCACCAACAAAUACAGCAGCAUCGACAACAGAAGCAACAAAAUCACUAGCACCACCACCUUCACCAACAAAAAAAACAGCAACCACGAAAGCACCGAACGUCGGUUCAGUUGGAGACAAUAAUAAAGACGAAGAUACGCUUGUUUUAGUUAUUGCCAUUGUCGGUGGUGUGGUCGCUCUGUUACCUAUUAUUAUAUUCCUACUGCUGAUUUGGUAUAAAAGAAAAAAAACAAGAAAAUACGAAACAGGAAAAAGUGAACAGGAAAUGAAUGGUCUUAGUAAUCCAGCGUUCGAUGCAGACGGUGAUGUUCUUCACUCAACAAGAGUAUUUAAUGAAGAUCAGGCUUGUGAAGAAGUGGAAACAUGCCACGAUGAAAUGUCAGAAUAUGCUGUAGUGAACAAAACUACAGAGGCAUCAACUAACAAUGGAAUGAUAGUUAUUGAAACAAAAAAUCCACCUGACGAACAAGAUAUGUUUUCUGAUGCAAUAAAUAAAGAAUCAGAUGAUUUUCACAAAAAUAGUAAAGCAGUUUCUGUUCCAACUCCAGUGCUAUCGGAUGACUAUGCCGUGCUUUAUAAAUCGAAAAGACUUUCCGGAAAAAACACUGAUACUUUCUCUUGAAUGUAAAUCCAUAUAAAGUUAUAAUUUUGGUUAAGAAGGUUUGAAAUAUUUAAA